AGGAGUGCUGACAGCUCUGCCUUGGCUACUUUGGUUCGGGUGGGAGAAGGCGUAGGCCCCAUCACAUAUUCCAGGUCACCCGGCGCUCAUCAAAAUCUGAACCGUGAGCUUCGCCAACGAUUGGUUACUCAGGAUCUUGCAGCUGUCUUCUUUUUGCUUAUCAUCCUGGGCGUUGCGAUUCUUGUGAGUUGCCUGGGCGUUUUCCAAUUUGCAGAUGAUCCGUCCCAGGUGGUCUUUUACACGGAUCCAAAGCACACCCAGCAGCGGAUGAUUUGCUCUUCCAGAGAUUUGGAGUCGUUUUUGGAGGCCUUCAACGGUCCACCGCAGCAUGCCACGCUUCGGCUGAUUGGCAGACGACCGACAUCGGCUGUGUGGUACUUUCCAGGCUUUGGGAUGUUCCAGCGGAUGCUCCGCAGGCGUCCAAGGAAUGAAAACAUCAUUUUUGAUGUCUCCCUGGAUUUGACGACGUUCAUCGGUGGUGAGGGUCAUCUUGCUUCUGCUAGAGAGGUCUCCAAAUUGGAAGCUCAUCUCACGGCAGAAACGAACCCCCUGGAGAUCCUGGUCUUGAGGAAAAGGGUCCUGUGGGCCAACUGGGAAGAUAUGGCCACGAACAUCAAGCAAAGGCUUCGAGCCAAAGGGUUUCUUGGAGAUCUCCAGGUGCGUUUUGAUGCGCAGGAAGAUGUGCGCAUUUACAGGAACCAUCGAUGGCAGAACUUUGUGAGAACACCGAUCACCCAUAUGCUUUCAGCUCUGAUCGCGACCUUGCCGUUCCAGAGCCAACCCCCUUCAUCCCCAAAUGGAAACCGAGUACUCUCUGGACUGGGUCUUUUCAUUUGGCUGCCCUACCUCUAUUGUCGCUCCGAUGUGGUGGUGGUGGAGAGCAAUUUCCAGAUUCAACUUGACAUUAACAGGUACUGGGAGAUGUUAUCUGCAGGGCUUGAUGCGGAAGAAGGUUUUCGGUUGUGAAGUCUUGGCUGUUGACGGGCGCUUGUCCGCCAAAAAAGGGGACAACGCAGAUGCGCCGUUUCACGGCAGAAGACUGUUGUGUCGUUUGAAAGUUAAAAAGAACCAGU